AUGAAUAAGAGCUUUAGCCCCAGGGCUUUGCGCUGGAUGCGUACAAUGGCCUUUGCUGUACAGGAGAUAAACCAGCGACAGGACCUCCUACCUCAUCUGAAACUGGGAUACCACAUAAGAGACAGCUGUGACGAUAUUCCAGUUUCCUUGAAAAAUACACUUCUCCUUGCAAAUGGACAACCUGAAAAGGGCAGUGGCUCUACAUGCCUGGACACUCACAGGAAAGUUUCACCUGUGAUUGUUGGAGAUGCAGCUUCAGGGGUGUCAAUGGCUGUUUUACGGAUUUUGGGCUCUUUUCACGUCCCCUUGGUGAGCUACUUUGCGUCAUGCAGUUGCCUGAGCAAUCAAAAAGAGUUUCCUACUUUCAUGAGGACAAUGCCAAGUGAUGCAAUCCAGACAAAGGCUCUGGCCAGACUGGUCAGUCAUUUCCACUGGACUUGGGUGGGAGUGAUUGGUUUGGAGUCAGACUAUGCCCGUUUUGCCAUACAGCUCUUUCUCCAAGAAGCAGCCAGAUAUAAUGUCUGUGCAGCCUAUGUUCAUUUUCUGUCUCUGCCACCAAUCAAAGACGCUGUUGUGGAUCUGGUGAAGACUAUAAAGAAGUCCUCUGCUAGAGUCGUCCUGAGUGUUUAUGGGGACACUGAGAUGCGUGUAAUUUUGACUGAGUGCAGACGGCAGAAUGUCACCGAUCUGCUUUGGAUCGCCAGCGAGGCCUGGUCUACAUCACAGUCACUGUGGACUGAUUUUGAGGAUCUGUUGCGGGGAACUUUGGGGUUUGCGAUACGGAAAGGUGAUAUCCCAGGUCUGGGCAUGCAUCUCACCAGUCUGCACCCUUCCCAAGAACUGACUUCACAUUUUAUAGCAGAGUUCUGGGAAGAGACCUUCAACUGCAGGCUCAAUGACUCGGUGAAUACUCACACACAUGCGGAGGAGGCUCAGAAGAGAGGCUCUUGUAGUGGACUUGAAGAGCUCAAUGAGGUGUACUCUGUAUACACAGACGUGUCCCAGCUCAGAGUCACCUAUAAUGUCUAUAAGGCUGUGCACCUCAUAGCUCAUGCACUGCAUGAUAUGAGCGUCUGUGUUCCCGGGAAAGGUCCCUUUUCCAAUGGGACCUGUGGGAGUCUGGCACCCGUUCUGCCAUGGCAGCUCCUUCACUAUUUGAAACAAACAAUGUUCACAACAUUGGGUGAGGAAGUGAGAUUUGAUGAAAAUGGAGACCCAAUUGCUUCAUAUGACCUCAUGAACUGGCAAAAGGCACAGGAUGGCUCAUUGCGACUGAUGAAAGUAGGAUAUUAUGAUGACUCUUUAGCUCAGGACCUCUUCAUUAAUGAGUCUGCAGUGCAGUGGCACAAAGGCUUCCAGACACCAGUGUCAAUAUGUAGUGAAAGCUGUCUGCCAGGUUUUAGGAAAGCGAUCAGGAAAGGCCAGCCCAUUUGCUGUUUCGACUGCAUCCCCUGUGCUGAAGGGGAGAUUAGCAAUGAAACAGUGAAUUGUUUGAGAUGCUCGGAGGACACAUGGCCAAACCGAGCUCAGAAUCACUGUAUUCCAAAAACAAUAGAAUUUUUAUCUUAUCAUGAAACCAUGGGCAUAGUUCUUUGGGUAGUCUCUGCAUUUGGUGCCUUUGCUACGGUAGCUGUUUUGGGAGUGUUUGUUAUUUACAGAAAAACACCCAUGGUUCGAGCAAACAACAUGGAACUCAGCUUCUUACUGCUUCUCUUUCUCUGUGCUUGCUUCCUGAUUGGCCUGACCUUCAUUGGGGAGCCCACUGAUUGGUUCUGCCAGAUCCGAUACACCGCAUUUGGCAUCAGCUUCGCUCUCUGUAUCUCCUGCAUUCUUGCUAAAACAGUUGUAGUAAUGAUGGCAUUCAGGGCCAACCUUCCUGGAAGUAAUGUCAUGAAGUGGUUUGGUCCAGCCAAACAGAGAGCUAGUGUUAUAGUAUGCACUUCCAUACAGGUACUCAUAUGCAUUGUUUGGCUUACCACUCGGCCUCCUUAUGCAGCACAAAACACCAGGUUCCUGAGUGCCAAGAUUAUCCUGGAGUGUGUUGUGGGGUCAGAAGUGGGCUUCUGGUGUGUGCUGGGCUACAUUGGACUGCUGGCCUGCAUGUGCUUUUUAAUGGCUUUUUUAGCUAGGAAACUCCCCGACAAUUUCAAUGAAGCCAAGUUCAUUACAUUUAGUAUGCUUAUUUUUUUUGCUGUUUGGAUUACUUUUAUACCUGUAUAUGUUAGCACAUCAGGAAAGUACACAGUAGCUGUUCAUGUAUUUGCCAUUUUAGCCUCUGCUUUUGGCCUCCUAUUUUGUAUUUUUAUCCCAAAAUGCUACAUCAUCUUGUUUAAGCCUGAGAAAAACAACAGACAGCACAUGAUGCGAAAAUAA